AUGAAACAAAAAAAUCCUUCUAGUUGAUUGAAGCAUGAUCUUGGUUGAUAGUUGAUAAAAGCAAUGGCAAGUUUGACAACACAAUUACUUACCGUAUCGAUUUUAUCGUUACAGCGACAACUUUCACAUUAUCAGCUUGCAUCACGAUCUACAUGGGAUUCUGAAUAUGAUUUCAUUGUAAUCGGUGCAGGCGGUGCUGGUGCUAUCGUAGCAGGACGUUUAUCAGAAACAAAUUCCACUGUUUUACUACUAGAAGCUGGUGGAUCGGAAACAGUUAUGACUGAUAUCCCAGCUAUGUAUUAUGAAUGGGUUGGAAAUCCGGAAAUCGAUUGGAAUUAUCCUAUGCUGUAUCAACCGAAUUUAGGCCAGGCAUAUCAAAUGCCAGCCCAUAUGUCCGUUGGUAAAGUGCUUGGUGGAUCCACCACAAUUAGCGGAAUGGUUUAUAAUCGCGGGAAUCCUCGCCAUUUCGAUGAAUGGGAUUACCGUUUUGGAUGUCGAGGAUGGAAUUAUAAUAACAUUCGUCCUUAUUUUCUGCGAAUGGAAAAUCAAACUGACAUGAAUUAUCGACUUAAUCAUAAUGUAUCCGGGCCAAUAACAGUAUCAUCAGAUUGGUCACAAUCAAAUAUGUUGCCAGCACACAUGGCUUACCUUAGAACUGCUCAAGAGGCCGGUUAUCCGUUAAUCGAUAUCAACAAUGGUCUAACACAAAAUGGUGUUACAUUGUUUGAACACACAAUCAAUCAAGGUGUUAAAGUAACAAGUUCGAGCGCAUACCUAAAUUUAAAUCGUAAUCGAAGCAAUUUGAACAUCGUGACUAAAGCACAAGUAACUCGAAUUUUAUUUGAUGGUUCAACAGCUAAAGCGGUACGAUUUCAACGUGACGGUCAGGUUUUUACAGUCACGGCCAACAAGGAAAUCAUAUUAUCUGCUGGAACAAUCGCUUCUGCUCAAUUGUUGAUGUUGAGUGGAAUUGGACCAAGUGAACAUUUGAAGCAAUUAGGUUUAACAAUUGUAGCGGAUCUGCCGGUUGGUAACAAUCUUCACGAUCAUAGCAAUACUAUUCUAUAUUUUGAUGUUCCUGAUCAACGGCAAUCGUAUGAGCCAAUCACAUUGACAGCGCAAAAUCUGUACGACUAUUAUGUUAACGGUCGUGGACCAUUAACAAUGUUUCCAAACGCAGCCACAUAUAUAGUCAGCGAUCAAAAUAACGAUAAAGAAUGGCCAGAUAUUAUGACCGAAAUGGUUAGAAGCAAUAAUCAUUGGAAUAAUCUGACAACGAUUUUAUCUCAAUAUCCACCAGAACAGCGACAAGUAUGGGCUGAAUAUUGGAGGCCAUAUGUCGGCCGUAGACUUUUGGCAUUCGAUGUUCAAUUGGUUAGACCUCGUGCUCGCGGAACAUUGAGAUUAAAUUCGACAAAUCCUUUCGAUUCGCCAUUGAUUGAUCCUAAUUAUAUGGGUGACCCUAGGGAUAUGGCUGCCAUGAUCAACGGCAUUAGACAGGUAUUAACUAGAAUUACUAAUCGAGGACCAUUCGCAAGGAUAGCUCGCUUUAUCAGUAACCCGGUACCUGGAUGUAAAAACCUUUGCCAAGGAAAUGAUUCUUUGUGCGAAAGAUAUAUCGAAUGUUUUGUUCGACAAACAUCUGUAGCAGUCUAUCGACACGCUGGUACAUGUCGAUGUGGUUCCAGUUCGAAUUCGAAUGCUGUAGUUGAUGAAAGACUCCGAGUUUUAAAUGUGACCGGACUACGUGUAAUCGAUGGAUCGAUUAUGCCUCAAAUAAUUAAUGCCAAUUCCUGGAUCGCAACUGCUAUGGUUGCGGAAUAUGGAGCUCAAAUGAUUCGCGAUGAUAAUGAUAUUUAAUGCUUAAAAUUCAAAUACCACAUUUUUAUAGAUUAAUUAAAAUCCAUCAUUUCAUAAAUAUUUAA